CAAACGGUGGCUCUAUCUGCAUGUAUCCGCUCUCCCUGGCAUAGAAACAAAGAGAAACCAGUUAAAAAGCAAAACGAACUCUCCUUUAACAGGCCAUCUUCCGUCAGAUUAUUUGCUUCCCAAAAAGAAAAGCGAUACGGACGCAAAAGAAAAUGAACGUUGUUAAAGUGACUCUACGCUCAGCAGACCUUUCAGGUCCGGCAUGUCACAAGUCUAUAGGUGCAAAAGCCAUCAUAUACAACCCUUUUUACGACUUUACGCCUUAUCCGUCCUUGACAGUUCAAAAGAUUGGCGAUAUUGAAGGCAACGAAGGCGACAAAGUCACACCUCGUCCAAGAUUGCUGGCCGUGGUGAAUUUUGGGGCUCUGCGGUGGAUUGAGAUUGAGGAGCAGGGGAAGGAGGAAGGUCAUGCCAAGGAGAUGAUUCACGUGCAAUGUUUGAAAUUCGAGCUCGUUAUCAGUAUGAUAAGUCGAAGGGCGCAGAUUAAACGACCGUUUGCCAUCAUGAAAGGCAUAAAAAGUGUGAUUUUCGCUGCCAGGAGGGCGUCUCAGGCGCCUCUCGCUCAGCAAAGAAAACCAGUCACAUCUCGAAUUCUGCCGCAGUCAAUGCGCAACGGCCGAUACAGCACUUCGCUCAACCCCGCCACCACGCGAAGCAUCUCUACAGGACGACCUCGCAAGGCCCAGGAGGCUACAGCAGAACGGGAGUCAUCGAAUCCGGCUUUGGCCUUUCCAUGCUUGGACGCUCUUGAGUCACGAUCUGCCUCUCUUCGGUCCCGACCCUCCGAGCAAGGACCCGAACCAUCUUAUACGAGCGGCGACCACCUCAGAUUUCAUUCGGAAAAGCCUAUCCUACUUGAUUGGGGUGGCUUAUUGCCUGAGUUUGAUGUUGCGUAUGAGACAUGGGGCGAAUUGAACUCGGAUAGGAGUAAUGCAAUUCUGUUACAUACCGGACUCUCGGCCUCGAGUCAUGCAAAAAGCUCCGAUCUAAACCCUAAACCCGGCUGGUGGGAGAAGUUUAUUGGCCCCGGUCUGGCGGUCGACACGAACAAAUACUUUGUGAUCUGUACAAAUGUCAUUGGCAGCUGCUAUGGCUCGACCGGACCCUCUUCAAUUGAUCCGGCCAACGGACAGCGUUACGGAACUCGCUUUCCAAUCCUGACCAUGGAAGAUAUGGUUCGGGCGCAAUUCAGGCUGCUCGAUGGUUUAGGCAUCAAGAAGCUCUAUGCUAGUGUAGGGUCUAGUAUGGGUGGAAUGCAGAGCUUGGCUGCGGCGGUCCUGUUCCCCGACCGCGUUGGCAAGGUCGUCAGUAUCAGUGGCUGUGCUAGGAGUCAUCCGUACAGCGUUGCGAUGCGGCAUACUCAGCGGCAAGUUUUGAUGAUGGAUCCCAACUGGAACCGAGGCUUUUAUUACGACGGCAUCCCUCCUCAUGCGGGCAUGAAACUUGCCCGAGAGAUUGCUACAGUAACAUAUCGCAGCGGUCCAGAAUGGGAACAACGAUUCGGGCGCCGCCGAGCAGACCCAAGUAAGCCUCCGGCGCUUUGUCCGGACUUUUUGAUCGAGACAUAUCUCGAUCACGCGGGCGAGAAGUUUUGUCUCCAAUACGACCCCAACAGCCUUUUGUACGUGAGCAAGGCCAUGGAUCUCUUCGACCUUGGCGUCGAUAACCAGAAUCGCAUGCGAGCACUUCGUCAUCAAAAUAAGUCCAAGUUGGCUGCAGGUGAGGGUCCUGGUCCGGAGGGGCAGUCUUGCAACCUGACGCUGCCGGAGAGCCCUUAUGAGGAACAGCCGUCGGAGACGACUUCGAGAUCUCUGAACGAUGCGGUCGAUGCACCUGCAGGUGGCCCGCCGGCCGAUCUUGUUGCCGGACUUGGUCCGAUGCAACACCACCCGACGCUGGUUAUGGGCGUUGCCAGUGACAUUCUCUUCCCUGCGUGGCAGCAGCGGGAGAUUGCCGAGACAUUGAAAGCUGCUGGCAAUCGACAAGUUACGCACGUCGAGUUGGGCGAGGAUAAGAGCCUUUUUGGUCAUGACACGUUCCUACUUGACCUUGAGCACAUUGGCGGCAACCUGAAACGAUUCUUGAAUUAAGCAUUGUUUUGACAUUUAUACCGUGGUAAUCUGUUCUGCUUUCCCUCUUGCAUAGCGUUGAUUGGUUGGCGUUGUCUCGUUCCUGGUAGCAUUGGGAAAAGUUUCAAGAACGUCUGGCAGCAGACAUCUACGUUCAUUUUCACCGUGUAUCAUAAUUUCAUAUAUUGUAGGAUAUACAAUGGAUAAAAUCUCCCCUGUGUUGUGU